GAGAGAGAGAGGGAGAGAGAGAGAGAGAGGGGGAUUGGAGUGAGAGAGAGAGAGAGACACAGAGAGAGAUACAGAGAGGUCCACAGCGCAGCGAUCAGACAGCAGAGAGCUUCCUGACGAGGAGACUGAGGCGAGGGAGGGAGAGACAGGUUGACUGAUCGACGUCACUUCCUGAUUGGAGCCCGGCUAUUUCUGCAGAACAGCCCCCACCUGGCCGGGGGUCUCGAGCUCUGUGGCAGAGCCGUCGGACCAAGAUGGCGCAUGUGCUCUACAAAACAAACGCUCCUGAGAGGAUCCCGGUGUGAUCCCGACUCCGGACGCUACGACCUCCACCGAGACGCUCGCUGCCCGGACGGGAGACACUUGAUGGAGGGAGGGGGGCCCACAGCAGGGGUACCGCUGAUCGACUGCCUGGCCUGAACCCCGGAGCCCCGGGGGUCUCAGAGAGCUGAAGCCACUGCAGAAAAUGCAACAGUUUUCCGGGAGGCGGAGGAACGGAGAACCGGCUGACGUCACGAUAACACAACAUACCGACGUUCUGCUGGUGAAAGACUUUCAUCUCCCCGUCUCAUUGGUCCUGACAAAGGCAUGAGUGUUGGACGGAGCCCCCACUACAGCGUCGUGUCCUGUGAAGAGCGAGGCCUGCCUCUGGGAGCCAUGCCGGCCGUGGGCAGCUUCGGGAACGGGAAGAUCCACACGCGGCGCAAAGCCCACGGCCGCUUCGUCAACAAGACCGGCCAGUGCAACAUCAGCUUCUCCAACAUGGACGAGAAGUCCUCGCGCUACUUAUCGGACAUCUUCACCACCUGCGUGGACAUCCGCUGGCGCUACAUGUUCCUGGUGUUCAGCCUGGUGUUUGUGGCGUCCUGGCUGACCUUCGGCCUGGCCUUCUGGGCCAUCGGCCUGCUGCACGGGGACAUGGAGGCCGGGGAGGACGACGACGCCUUCACGCCGUGCACCAUGCAGGUCCGCACCUUCGUGGCUGCCUUCCUGUUCUCCGUGGAGACGCAGACCACCAUCGGGUACGGCGCCCGCUACGUGACGGAGGAGUGCCCCAUGGCCGUCUCCAUGGUGGUGCUGCAGUCCAUCGUGGGCUGCAUCAUCGACGCCUUCAUGAUCGGCGCCAUCAUGGUCAAGAUGGCGCGGCCCAAGAAGCGCGCCAAGACGCUGCUGUUCAGCCACAACGCCGUCAUCGCCAUGCGGGACGGGAAGCUGUCGCUCAUGUUCCGGGUGGGGAACCUGAGGAAGAGCCACAUCGUGGAGGCCCACGUCCGCGCCCAGCUGGUCAAGCCCCGUCUGACGGAGGAGGGCGAGUACAUCCCCCUGGACCAGAUCGACAUGAACGUCGGCUACGACAAGGGCAUCGACCGGCUCUUCCUGGUCGCCCCCAUCACCAUCAUCCACGAGAUCGACGAGGAGAGCCCGCUGUUCGGCAUCAGCAAGCAGGACCUGGUGACGUCGGACUUUGAGAUCGUGAUCAUUCUGGAGGGGAUGGUGGAGGCCACGGCCAUGACCACCCAGGCCCGCAGCUCCUACCUGUCCUCGGAGAUCCUGUGGGGGUACCGGUUUGAGCCGGUGGUCUUUGAGGAGAGGAACCACUACAAGGUGGACUACGCACACUUUCACAAGACCUUCGAGGUCCCUUCCACGCCGCGAUGCAGCGCCAAGGACAUCGAUGACCAGAAGAGUUCGACCUCCAGCGGUCAUUCGUUCUGCUAUGAGAACGAGCUGGCCUUCAUCAGCAGGGAUGAGGAGGACGAAGGUGAGGUGAUGAAGGACGGAGCUCUGAGGGAACCUCCAGCGCGGCCGGAGGAGCACGUGAAGCUCGGCCUGGAUCAGACUCCGCUGCGCAAGGAGUCAGAGAUAUGAUCCUGCUGGGUGAAGGUUCUUUCUGGAUUAUUCGUUUGGUUCCUUCCAGAUGCAGGAAGGAGAGUGAAAGAACUGUCAUGAGGGAACUCUGGAGCGUCGUGGCAGACCGGAGCAGGGUUUAGAACGGACCUUCUGUCUGGUUUGGCUUUUUCUGUCUUCAAAUGCAAACAAGAACAUUACAUUUCAAUGAAACAGUUUAAAGAUGAACCAGGAUGUUGUGAUCACGUGUUGUUAACGACCCAGCGGGGGGUGGAGUGGUUCCAGUCCCGAGGGUUUUCUUUAGAACACAAGUGUUUGGAGGAGGAUUGUGUUCCACGUCUUCAGUGCAGUAUCCGUCGACACCAACACCUAACUCUACAAACGGAAUGAGACGGCAACAAAAGGGUCUAGCCUAAUUGAAUGACACAGUUUAAAUUAUAAACCUAAGAUUAUCUAAAUGCAGCUAAGGAGAUGGAUUUGGCUCAUUACCUACAAGUAGAUCAUAUCAAAGUAAAACUACAAUAAACCCACGUUGCACGCUGACCGGAGGAAGCCUUUGCCCCAGGCAGACCUCCGGCUCCCCACAAAUACCAGGCGAGAACGUCAGCGAGAGAACAAACACAGCCGGGGGCGCAAUGACGGCCAGGACUGACCUCCCGCCCGAGGUGCACUGGCUCCUGCAGCGAGGAGACCGAGAGACAGGUCUCUGGGAGACAGGGCUGCUGGACCACCGGGGUACCCCCGUGGUCCAGCAGCCCUGUCUCCCAGAGACAGGUCUUUGGGAGACAGGGCUGCUGGACCACAGGGGGUACCACCGUGUACCUGAGGCUGAGGGGGAUUCACACUUCUCAGACGCCAGAGUAUAAGACGGGAGGGAAAAAAUACAAAGAAAGGUUUGGAAUCUAUAAGACAUGCCUGGUUUCAUGGCCGAGGUUUAUCUCUGGAAGAAAAUAGUGAAUACUGGCCAAUCCAGAGAAUGCAGAUGCUGCCAACCUGCCGUUCAAUCAAACACAGAGGCAGAAGCAGUGUGCCAUGAAAUGGGACUGAAUUACAUUAACUUCAGCAUGAAUAUAUUUGAAUUGUUCCAAACCAAAAAGAGAACCAAAAGCAAAGGGUGAAGGUUCAGUGGGCCGCACCUGGCCCAGCCCCGGGCGCCGCCCACUGGCUCUGGCCCCGGGGCCGGCGUGGAGCGCUGAAGAUCCCAGAGGAAGACGGAAAUCAUUCGUGCCAAAUUGAGACUGGGGACAGGCUUGUAGUGGCCCCCAUAGGAAACCAAGAGCCUAAUUAAGACUGCAGAGUUACACCCUGACACACGCCUCCAGGGUGAAGCAGCUCUGUCUGCAUGAGGCUGACGACCCGCACACACACACACACACACACACACACACACACACACACACACACACACACACACACACACACACACACACACACACACACAGUCACAAUCACAAAGAGGCACAAACCUGCAACCAUUCACAAACUCACAUUCACAUCCACCCACACUCAGAGGCACACAACUGCAGCUAUUCACACACACACACACACACACACACACACACACACACACACACACACACACACACACACCCAUGCACAGCUUUGACUUGGUCUUGCACAGUGUCCGCAGCGUUUGGUGUGUAGGACGUGUGCUUAGGGCCGCGGUCAGUAGACGUCUUAUAGCAGCUGACAAGCUGCCUCUAGAAAGUGUUUUCUUAAAAUGUCUUAAUGUUUUCUAGUUACUGGAAUUUAAAAUUCUAAACUGUGAAGAUCAUUUUGCAAUAAGUUUAGAUUGUGUUUUAAAGUUUAUAAAUAUUACUGUUGGACACUGACCUAAUUGUUUUUGUUUUAUUGUGACAAUGAAAUCACUUCCGACCAGUUAAACAGACAUGCUACGUCCAAACAUCAAAAGUUGAAGGCUUAUUCUGAGAGGCCUCCGUCCUCCUCAAAUGUUUUUAUUCAUGUGUUAUGCGCAUGAUGUUUACCUCUGAUGAAUCUCAAUAUAUUUGUGGUCACCUCUUUAGCGAGCGAUAUCUGUCUAGCACUUCACCGAGAGUGGCUUCUUAGGAAACGUCUCGGCUCCAUGCGUAGGCUCCUCAUGUAGACUCCUCAGGUCCCCCCCCCCCCCCCCUAGCCUAGCGUCCUGCACAGAGAAACAAAACAUGUCAUUUGGUCAAAACCUCCAACAGAGGUACUUCCAUGAAUACACUCUUGUUUAAAGUUUUUCUAUACACACGCAACUACGUGAUGUAACACAGAAGGGUCUUACUCAUCACUUGAGUUACGACAGCGGUGCAUAUUCUGAAACUGACUCCCCUCGUCAGGACCCGAGGAACCCAUAACCCCCCCCCCCCCCCCCCCCCCCACAGGACAGAGGAGGGUGUGGGGGGGAGAGAACAUCCCAGACAUGACCUGAUGCUCCCAGCGUCCCGGGGGGUCACGGACGCUCCGGGCAAUCAGGCGAAAGGGUUCCCAGAGUGACGACCUUUGAACCCUAACCAUCCCCCCCGCCCCGUCUCUCCAACGCUGUUCCUCGGUUCACAGCCGAGCUGCGCUCUCCGGAAAUGUCCCUGGAAGGCCAGGUUGAUAUGAACAGUGCUGGGACCCAGAGGGCAGUACUGCAGAGUGGAACCAACCCAGGGUUUGAUAUGAGCUGCUGGUUCCAUAAAGUGGGCCCUUUCAUACCUCCUUAUUAGGCCCGUAUACGAUAUAUAUCUAUAUAUUUAUAGAUAUAUAAUACCCAGCCGUCCCCUGGGACCUCUGUGCUACGGUCCCCAGACUCCGCUCAGAAGGAUCACACGCUCUCGGUCUGCGGGAGGCUGCAUCGGUUCGCUCACUUUGGAAAGCCUUCUUCUGACCACAAAUAAAAUACUCCUUAGAAAGGAAUACCUUUUGGUCAAAUAUUGAACAAAUAAAGGCCUUUUUGGUUGAAAUCCUUCUCAAUCAAAACAUGUUUCUGCUAAUGAGGAAACAAAAUCACAAGACUGAACAUUAAAGUCAACUUUGGCCAAACAUCCUUU